CCUCCGUACGGGACGGCCCGGCUCCACUUCCGGGCUCGGGGAUCGGGUAUCGAUCCGGGCGGGGGGCGGGGGGCGCGGGAGCAGGUGGCUGCGGCGGGCUCAGCGGGGCCGCCUGCCCGGGCGCCCGGACGGCCCUCCCGCCGCCUUUGUCGCCAGCGCUUCCGCGGCGGCCGCUCCUCCCCCAGGUCGGCGCGCGCUGCCGGCCGGACUUUGCGCCGCGUCGGGCGCUGCUGCUGCUGCUGCUGCUGCUGCUGGCGGUGCCGCGGCUGCUGGGGCUGCUGGGGCUGCUGGUGCCGCGGGGCCGCGCUCGGGGCCGGCGGCGGGCGGCGAGGGGCGGGCGGCGAGGGGCGGCCGGGACCCCGGCCCAACAUGGCUGAAGUCACCAUCGACCAGUCCAAGCUGCCCGGAGUCAAGGAAGUGUGCCGAGAUUUUGCUGUUUUAGAGGACCACACCCUGGCCCACAGCCUACAGGAACAAGAGAUUGAGCAUCAUUUGGCAUCGAACAUUCAACGGAACCGUUUGGUCCAACAUGAUCUCCAGGUGGCUAAGCAGCUUCAGGAGGAAGACCUGAAAGCUCAGGCUCAGCUCCAGAAGCGCUACAAAGAUCUUGAACAACAGGACUGUGAAAUUGCUCAGGAAAUCCAGGAGAAGCUGGCUAUUGAAGCAGAAAGACGACGCAUUCAGGAGAAGAAGGAUGAGGACAUAGCUCGCCUUUUGCAAGAAAAGGAGUUACAGGAAGAGAAAAAGCGAAAGAAACACUUUCCAGAGUCUUCUGGAUCCAGUGCUUAUGGAGAUAGUUACUAUUAUGAAAAUGGAGACCAGCCACAGUCAAGGAGGGCAAGGGAAUUGGGUUCUGGAGUCUCAAGGUCAUGUAGACUCCAAAGUGAUGGAAACAUUGUGAAGCAAAGGAACAAGAAACUCAAACAUCCAGUGGAGAACUUGGAAGAACUAGAAGAUCAUUGUUCAUCAGGGAAAUUUCUGUCAUCCCGUAGCUUGGGCACAUUGAGGGCCAAUCCCCAAAUUGACAUUGAGCAGCGUGAAAGGAAACGGUCUGACCAUGAGAGACGUCGGAGACCUCCGCUCCCCAAGAUCAGUGGUGAGGUGUUUCUGAGUACUGGAUUUGAUGACGGGGAAGCUCACAGUAGCCAUCGAACUUGGAAUUGGGAAAAACAAUCCAGACACCAAGACCGGCUUUCACCCAAGUCUUCACAGAAAGCAGGGCUUCAUUGCAAGGAAGCUGUAUAUGGGAGGGACAAUGGGCAAGGGGAGCACAGAGAAAGGAAGCACAGGCCCAGGACCCCUCCCUUCCCAGAGAGUGAGGAACAGCUCCAACUCCAUGACACAGGAAUGAAGCCAAGAGUGAUGAAAGAAGCUGACUCUGCUCCGUCGCGAGUGGCCCACAGGGAUCAGGAAUGGUAUGAUGCUGAAAUUGCCAGAAAACUGCAAGAAGAAGAAAUUUUGGCUACCCAGGUGGAUAUGAGAGCAGCUCAAGUAGCCCAGGAUGAGGAAAUCGCUAGACUUCUCAUGGCUGAAGAAAAGAAAGCUUACAAGAAAGCCAAGGAGCGGGAGAAAUCAUCUUUGGACAAAAGAAAGCAUGACUCUGAUUGGAAGCCAAAAACAAGUAAAUCAGCACACUCAAAGUCAAAAGAGAGUGAUGACCCUCAUCGUUCUAAGAAUGACAGGCCAGCACGGCCACCACCACCUACCAUGACAGCGGCUGAAGAUUUGGAUUACACUCAUUUUACAAACCAGCAUAAUUCCACACGUCAUUUCUCAAAAUCGGAAUCCUCUCAUAAAGGUUUCCAUCAUAAGCAGUAAAACCCUAGGAAUCUGCCUUGAGAACGGACUCACUGUAGCAAACAUUACUGGAUAUACAGAAUGCGUUCCACAUUCAUUUUUUUCUUUCCUGUGUUUGUAUUCCUGGGAUUUAUCUUCAAGAGUUCUUCUGACCAUAAAUAAUUUUAAUUCAUUUAAAAUGUUUUGGUUAUUCUUGAUCACUUGGGCAGUACAAGAAAAUCUAGCUUCUGAAUAUUGGCCUCCUCUCUGCUGCAUACACUUCCUGGGAUAUAGUAUCUAAAAGCUCUGUAAAAUGUCACUUCUGUUAGGUAUGGAGUACUGGUAUCUAGACACUAGGCUUUAUUUAGCAAUUAGAAUUUUGUGGAGACUAUGAUCAGAGUAAAACAAUGUUUGGAUGCAAUGCAGAAUAAAAGACUAUAAGAAAUAGCUUUCUUUGUGCAUUAGUAUAUGGCAUAUUGAAGAAAGAACCUGUUGUUUUCUGUAUUUCUUAGAAAUUUUUUUUAAAAAAUCACAACUAUAAAGUGUUAAAAAAAAAAAACUGGAACAAUUGAACCAUGUGGUUUUGUAUAUCCUUAUAAGCUUUCUUGGGAGAAUUGGCCCAGAUGUCAUUCUCUGACACUUUCUCUGCUUCUGAUUAAUAGCAAGUCUUUCUGAGGCAUCUGGGCAUUGGGCAGAUUAUUAGUAUUUAUUGGCAAAAGUUUAAUUCUAUGAAAUUUUAACUCAAGUCUGUGCAGUCAACUGAAAGUGAAAGAGUGAAAAACUUUGUAUCCAUUCUCUUAUUAUACUUUUAUAUGGAGAGCCAAGGGAGGUGGAAUUAGAAAAAAGUUUAUGUAAGUAAUGAUGCCAUCAAUGCUCUCUGGACAUAGGUUGAGAAGUUUUCCUCUUGCUUAAAAAAGUAAAGCAAGUAUUUGUUGGCAACCACUCAAAAGAUAUUUUAUCUGUCAAUAAUCAGAUUGAUUCAACAUAAAGUUGAAGUGGAUAAAAUGGUUCUUUAUCCAGGUACAUUGGAUUCCUUUGUACAGGACCUUUGAAGCCCUCCUUGAGAAAUCUAGUCUUUGUCUAGCCUCUAACCUUGUGGAAAUGCUUAUCUUCCCAUUCUAGUUAGUUAACAUAAAUGGCAAACAUGCUGUCUAUAUAAAAGUUUCCCUUCAGCUUGACUUUCCAUUAUUUUUUAUUGUGUGAAUCUGACAUUUCUGACAUUCCAGUAUGGUGUUUGUUUAGGAAAGAAAUACAUAGGUGACUAGAGAAAAGGUUGUAAAUCCAUUCUUUUCCCACUGGGAACUGACUAUUGUUUAGCCUUAUCUUUGCAGAUAGUCUUUCAAUUGAGGCAAUAUUCAGGAAGCUAUUUAGAAUAGUUUCUCAGAGUGGAUUUGGGUCCUUUCAUUUUGAGAAAGAGCUUUAGUUCCUAAAGUUUUUGGAUUGCAGGAACUUGAGUAAAAGGUGCCUAAGAGUCAAGUUUUAGGGAAAUGAUAAUCUAGAAAGAAGCAAACCCUAAAAGAGUAAUUUUUGAGAAAAGGUGAAAGAGAAAACAAACAGGACUUUGAAUGACACAGAUGAAAUGAAUGAGGCAGAGUCCUCAAUUAAAUAGGCAAGGACACAAGGGAUGGAGGUCCUAGCCUUAGUCAAAUUCUAGAGGGUGCUAUCAGUAUCCAAAGCUUAGGCCUUGUUGACUUCUAGUAAUGCUAUAUUUUUCUUUGUCUGCCCUGUGAUUUUGUUUCAUGUUUUAAAAAGCUUUUUUUUGUGUGGUAACUUUAAAAGAAAACACAAUGUAUCUUUAUUUUGAUAGGCAAAUGUGCAACAUCAUUUGCCAUAUUUUUAUUUCAUGAAUGUUUAUUUUUCUAUCUCAUACAAUGAUCAGAUUUACUUUAAAAAUUCUGCAUUUGUCUUGCUUCUCAUGUACUCUAUCCAAUCAUAUUUAUUAUUGUAAAAUGCUAUUGAGGUAUUUUCAUCCAAAAAAUGUUAGGCCACUUAACAGUUAAGUCUUGGAUAUUAGCGCUUCAGCUGUCUUAGUGAGCAGCCAGCGGUGAUAGUUCCCUGUGACACCCAAUUCAACAUCUGUAUUGAACAUUUGUUACUUUUUUUUCUUUAGGUUUUUUAAAAAUUAGAAUUUUAAGAUAUUUUAUUUUUUUUUGUAAAGCAAACACUUUUUAAAGAGUAUCAGAGUAAUUCUUUUCUUCUUAUUAGUUUAAUCCUUUUAUUCUCACUCAAAUAUUAUAAUUAUUAUUUUUAAGACUAUAGAAGUAACUAACAACUGUAUUUAAAGGAACUGCCAAACAUUCUUCACUGUGUUCUCUGCUUAUCACUUUGUUAUUUUUAUAUAAAUGCAGAAAUACUUUAUUCCUCUUUCUACCACUGGAACACACACAAUUUAAUUUUUAGGCCCACCAUGUAUUAUGCUUUAAUGUUGCAAUGUAAACUAAUAGGCUGGCCUUGGAAAUUCUUUCUGUCUCCGUACUUCUUUUCUCUGGAGGCCCCAUUAACACUAGUAUUGCUGAAUGAGCACAGUAUGUUAUGGAGCCUUAUCAUGAGGCUACUGGAUGUGUACACCCUCUGCCCCCAAUCUAACUUUUUGUAACUUGUUGCCUAGAAGUAAGGUCAGACAAGAGUCAUGUUAAAUGUUCUGAGUUGGAAAAAAUUUGUAGUGUGAAGCCAUUGUUAGACAUAAUUAUUUUACGGAAGACUGGACAGUUGCUACAUAUGCUUUAACAGGACAUUGAGAUUUUUUAGAAAGUGACUUUGCAUACCUUUGAAUUGUUUUUUCUCAAGUGACUUUACAACAACCAGCAACAGAGUAAUGUAAACUGCAAAAAAGACUUAUGGUCUUUGAUCAUAGAGAAACACCUAAAUUAAAAAGAAAGAUCUGGAUAGAUGUUUCCUGGGAGGAAAACCUUUUCAGAUUUGCAAUGGCCACUUGGAUCUAGAUCAACAUAUUCCAAGGUAUGAUCUUGGACCUUGUAUUCCACUGAACUCACUCUAGAAAAUUGUGAACCGGACCCAUUUUCCCCUUUUCUUCUCUACUGUGGUCUGCAGCCGAACUGGAUGAUGAAUAAAUUCAUUGCUGAAUUUGUCCACACCUUUCCAUCGAUGUCAGGACUUUUCAGUAUAAAUAUAAUUAACUUUUAAUGGAUAAUUAUUUUUCUUCAAUACUGUCAGAUACUCUCUAAUUUUUGUCUUGUGCCAAAUUGUUCUUUAGAAACACCUGCUAUAUAAUAUGGUGCAUUCAGUUUACCACAUCAGUGGUUAACAUUUUAGGGCCUUGAUUUUUAAUGGGUAUUGCCUUUGUAUAAAAAUCACUUUGGGGGAAUAUCAGGAUUAUUCAUUUAUUCAUUGAUGAUUUUCUUGAAAGAUAACCGGUGAUUGGAUGUAAGAUCUUCCCUCUAAGUAAAGGAGUGAGACCGCCGUGCAAUCAGCUUUCCCAGGGACUGAGAACAGAGUAGAACUUGCACUGAAAGGAUUUUUUCCCUUUUGGGAAAAGAGUAUUUGUGUAGGGAACAUUAAUGUGAAAGGAACACCGUUCAGGUAGAUUUCACCAUAUGUAGUGUGCCAUGUUCUCAUAACACCGAAUUUUUAGAAACAAUCAAAAUAACCAAAACCUGUUCUUUCAGCUGAAAGGAAAAAACAGAUGUUUAAGGUACUUUGUCCCUUACUUACUGCUCAUAGUCAGAGAAGUGACUAGAUCAAGUGGUCUCAUUUUCUUUUCCUAUCUGGGUAGUACCUGUGAGUUUUAAAGCCAUAACUGUUUACCUUACUAUUGAUAGAAUCCUAUUUUUCAAAGCCUUUAGCUUGGAACAGGUAAUGUGGUCAGGGAGGAGCAAACUAGAAGACUGUCCUGAUAAUGCUGCACAAUGGGGCACAGGGUCAUCCAAACUCCUGGUCAGAGAAUCUCAUUCAGCCCUGAUGGUGCUUACAGUUAUUAAAGGGAAGAGUCAAGGCUGUUGUUGCUCCUGCCAUUUAAUUGUUGUUACAAACCCUGAAAUUUACUUCCAGAGAAGUAAAAAAGGAAAUGGUAAACUAGGAAAAAUUCACUUCUGACAGAGUCACUUUUCUGAUGAGACUUGUACUUUUUGCUUGCAAGGUCUUGAGGAGCAGUGUUGCCUUAAAUUAGUUUGAUUCUAACCGAGGUCAGUAUACUGUACUUCCUGUAUGUGAAUGUCAACUCUCCAUUGAGAUCUAAAAUUCACAGGUGAUCACAAAACAUCCUUGCCGUCAGGAACUCUGGAUUUCCUCCCACUGAGCUGUGGGGGACCUGUACACUGAUAAAUACAUCAUUUCAUUGAGUUGCCUCUCAAUCUCUGAACAAGCAGUGGCAUGACCAAAAAAGGCUGGUAGAGGGAGAGGGAGAAUUUCCUAGCCAGAUUUUUCAGGUUAUCGUUUCCUGAAUAACUGAGAGUUGACUGUCUAUUCUAUAGUGACCAUGUAGAAGAUACUUCCAAACAUUGUGUUGUGUAGAAAAGUCACUUAUUAUUGUUUUGUGAGAAUUUCACCAACACUCUUGUGUUUUUAAGUGCAUACCAUUGACAGCAAAAAGGGAGAAAACCAAACAAAACAGGGACAUUUACUUGAAAUGAGGGAUCUUUGAUGGGAAGAGUGUUUCUAUUUUGUUACUUUUAGGACAAAAUUAACCAGGAAAACUGCUGUGGUAAGGGAGACACCAGAGUGUUUUUGUAAGGUCGUGUUUGAUGCCAUAAAUUGACAGAAUCAUCUAAGUAAUCAUGUUGAUUUGUUGAACUGUCUAGUGCUGGAAACCGUCUUGUUCCUCUUUAUAUUUGUGAAUACGGCCUAGAAACAUGUUCUGAAUGCAUUUCAUAUGCUGUUGUUCAUUCUCAGCAAACUAGAGGAUGCUUUUCUCUUUUUGAGUAACUGUUAAUAGCAUAGUGAGCCAGCACUGUGCUGGUUUCAGCAUUUCAGAUAAGGACAGGAUUAAUUGUGCAUCUUAGUUAGUGCCCUAUCAUUCAUUGUUGAGGUUCGCAUAUAAAGAACAGGAGAAUUGAAAGACAGGGUUUUUGAGUGACAUGUCCUUCACAAAAGAGCAAGGACUAAUAGCAGUAAAAAGACAGUUAAGAAAAUACACCAUUACACAUUGCAUACUUAGGGUAUGUUUUUGUUGCACUGAAUUUCAGACCAUAACUGCUAAAAUAGUUUCUAGCUAUUAAAUUUAGUAAGAGGGUUUUUGAUGUCAGAAUUUUUUAUUUCUGAUUGAAUUAGCCCCUGAAAUCACCGUAGGCUAUAACUUCAGCUCUUGCUAUAAACUGAAAGCCAAAUGCCCUUUUUCAGAAGUAGCUAUAUUUUUCACCUGCCUCUUAAAGGCAGCCCAAUAUUUGUUUCAUGGGGUAUUAUAAAUAAUGAGGAGAUGCAGUGGGAAGAUAGCAUAUUAAAAUGGUGUUCCACAAUGAGAAUUCUCUAUAAUGGGGUUUUCCUUUAAAAGAAUCCAUCCCGGCACAGUAUUAUAUUUUGAAAAGGUGCUGAAUUAUAAAAUACAAGAGUAUGCUCAUAUAAGUCAAAUUGCUUAGGAAAUUAAAGGUGGUGCUAUCAUUUGUCUUACAAUUUGGAAAAGUACGUUCCUGAGAGAGAUAAUGCAUAGUGCCCAGGCAGUUUCAGAUUCUUUGGUGAGAAGCCCUUUGGGAUCUGGAAUGUGGAUAUGUUUAAAAAAUGAGUGAAAUAUUAAUCCAAGUGCUCAUCAACUUGUAGCCAAGCCCCAGAAGGAAAGGCAGCUUUGAAAUAACUACUUCAUGGAACUGAACAGAACCUUAAUGGAAUACAGUUGUCUGUCUGAGGACAGAAAACGAAGAGGCCACCUCAUACCACAUGCCUAUUUAGAGAUUAGAUGAAACUGUGAGGGAUACUCUGUGGAUGCCUUAAAGGUGACUGGUGUUGAGUACUGGUGGGUAUGUGUGCACCCAUCUGGCCUAGGCCGACGGAAACUAUUUCCGUUCACCUUCACACAGCACAAGCUGUUCCUGCUCAUAACCUCAUUGAGGAAAAUGAGAAACAUGGUGCUGGUGACUUCCGUGUGUCUUGGGAGGUGAGGUGGUAAUGUCACUCAGCACUCUCCAGUGCUCAAGCCUCCCCCUUAAAUGCCAGUUCUACAUCUACAUUAAUUCAUCUAUGCAAGCUUGUGUUUUCAUGGUUUGUUUUAUACACAUUUGCCCAUUUGAUUCUUUAAAUAAUCAGGUCUACCAUUAAUAUUAUGAAUAAUUUUUAAACCAAAGUAUGUAUAUGUUUGUGUGCUUGUUUUCCUGGAUGGUUUGAGGCAAACACCAAUCUUGUCCUUCUCUCUUAAUAAAGUCAUCCAUUUGUUAAGUCAA